GUUUUGAUAAAGAGCAGAAUCAACAGCAGAAAAAUGAGGAAUCGCAAUCGUUUCAGAGUUUUCAUGGAAAACUUUGGUUUCCACCAAGAGGCAAUUGUGGAGAGGGAGGACCCAUUAAGCCCCAUGAAGAUAACAAACAACAUGAGACACUUUGAAAGAGACUUCAGACCUGUGUCACACUUUUUUAGAAACUUGCCUGCUUUAUCCAGCUGGCGCUCUGUGCAAAUGACUUUCUGUUUUUUCUUUGUGUACAUGUGCACAGUGUGGUAUAGCUGGACCAUUUCCUUCAUCUUGCUCUUCGUGAUUCUUCGCCUUUCCCAAAAUUAUCUAAUUUCCAAAGGAUGGAGGAUCCAGGGGAGCAUCAUACCCGACGUGUGUGAGCCAUUGGAACAUCUAAAAGACAACCUAAAUGUCUUUCAGAUGUUCCACUUGGCUUUCGAUGCUGCUCAGAAAGCUCAGAAGCUUUUUGGAAACAUGGCCAACAUCCUUGAGAAGAUAAAAAAUCUGUGCAUGUGGGUCCGGCCAGAGCUCACUCUAAAGAUCUACGUGGGACUGUGGCUGGCCUUUAUCUUUUCAUGUGUGUUUCCAUACCAGCUGCUGGGCUUUAUCAUAGAUGUUUUUGUAGGGAUCAAGUUUUACAUCAUUGACUUGAUCUUUGAAAAGUUCCCGAAGCUGCGGCAGCGGUUUGACGCCCCCUACACCUUCUGGGCUAAUUUACCCACCGACCUGCAGCUGAGGGAGCCCAGAAACACCUUCCUGAGCAGAUGGAUUGCACAGCAAGGGCCCAAAGGAGCACGGCCCGAGGUAGCAUUUCUAAUGCUCUUCUCGGUGCCAGACGGAGGCGCUUGUUCCCUUCAUGAUCCCGCUUCAUUGGGGCCUUUCAUACGUGGCGACGACGGGUAUGGAGAAGAUAGUGGACAAAAGUGUGUCUCAGGUCUCUCAGGAUGA